CACACACACACACACACACACACACACAGUCGGGCCCCCCACCCCAACUCGUCUGGCAAGAUGACGAGGACCACCUUCCUGCUCCUGCUCCUCUGGGCACGCCACAGCCAAGGUUCCGCCUCAACCGUGAGCGUGAACGGCGUCUUGGGGGGAUCGCUGUGGCUGCAUCCCCCGACCCCGCUUCGAGCGGCCCUAAAAGUCGAGUGGUCCAGACUGUCCCCAGACCGACCAAUUUUCCGGAUAGUGAGUUGGGAGAACUCAACAGCGGGGCCCGACGAGGUCCGGGUUUCUGCGGGCGGUUACCGCUUCAGCCCCAAGAACUUUUCCCUUCAAAUCCUCCAAGUGGAGAAGGACAGCGGAGGGCUGUAUGAAGUGGACAUCACAGACGGGAGCGGUCAGAAGACCAAGACGCAGUUCCACCUCUCCGUAUUUGAUGCCGUCCGGACGCCGAGUCUUCGGGUGCGGUACGGCAGCGGGAAGGCCGACCGGUGCCUGGCGAACCUGUCCUGCUCCACCGAGGGCAGGGGUCCGGUGGCGUUCUCCUGGUACGCCCGGGCGAAGCCCAAGCGACUGGCCGGGAACUCCACCCUCCUGGAGCUGGCGUUGGACGUCGCCGGCCCCCCGAAGUCCUUUGCCUGCAACGUCAGCAACCCGGUGGCUUGGGCCCAGGCGGAAAUCGCCGUUCAGUGUCCGCGGCAGGCUUGGUGGUUUAUCCCCGCCCUGGUUCUCGCCGCAUCCACCGUGGCCGCUCUGUUCUGCCUCCUCGGCUGCCUCCUGGUGAGGAAGAGGAGGAGGAGGAGGAGGAGGAGGAGGAGGAAGAUGGAGGAGAUCGCUCCGGCCACCUUGGAACGGACCCUGACCGACUCUCUGACGGUUUAUGAAGAGGUGGGAGACGACGGGCUGAGGACGAACAAAAGGAAAAGCGGCCACAGAGGAGGCCAAGAUGAUGUCACCGUAUAUUCCACGGUCCACCGCCAAACCCAGGACGCGCCGCUUCCCACGCCUAAUGCGGAUUACACGGUGUAUUCGUCCAUCCAAAAUCCCAAACAUGCCCCCAGAUCCAAGCAGAGGACCCCAAUCCGCCCCCCUUCCACCACCGUCUACCAAGAGGUCGGAUGGGCCCGCUCUGCCAACCCGGGAGCUUCCAGACUGUCCCGCAAGGAGCUGGAGGCAUUUCACGUCUACUCCUAGCGCCGGCCGGGCCCGCCU